CAAUCUGGUGAUGAUAAAAAGAAUGCACACUACCGUUGUCUCUUGUGAUACGAUAAUUCGGGGUUUAUCGAGUGGAGGAGAAACACCGGUGUGAUUAUGGUUGUUGCGAAUCGGUGGAAUGGACACACUGUUAUGCGGGGAAUCGCGUGAACGGGGGAUUUGCUGAGAAACGAAUCAUUGAAUUUUUGAUAAACUGUUGAAUUCAAAGAGGAUAAAAAAACAUGUGGAGUUCGGUGACAGCCGCCGGUAUGGAAAAUGGCCCGGCACCUCCUUCGCGAAGUAAACACAGUGCGACGCUAUUGGGAGGGCAUGUUUACCUUCUCGGGGGGAGGAAUGGUAACCUACCCUUGAGAGAUUUAUGGAGAUAUAGCCUCGCCGAAAGUCGAUGGGAGGAAUUGCAUCCGAGCGGAGAGAGACCUCCGGCCCUCCAGGAACAUAGCGCAGUUUCGUACAAGGAUUGCUUGUAUGUUUUUGGUGGGGAACUGGGAUUUUCAGCGGGAACAGAAACUCCGUUGUGGGUCUACUCAGUCAAGACGAACUUCUGGCGGAAGAUCCGCGCCCAAAGAGGCUGUGCGGUGCCCCGUGGCCGGCGCGGUCACACAGCGCUUGUCCACCGUGGCCAAAUGCUGGUGUACGGUGGCUACCAGGACCUCCGGGGUAGUUCCUCCGAGCUCUGGGCCUUCCACUUCGAGACAGAAUCCUGGCAUCUGUUGUCAUCGUCAUCCGCCUGCCAACCAGGCGAGAGCGGCCCAGCCCCCCGGCACAAGCACUCAGCAGUCCUCCACUGUGACGCAAUGUACAUCUACGGCGGCAUGACAGACCUCCAAGAGCGAAACGACUGCUGGAGAUGGGACGUGAACGCGAGUUCCUGGUACUUGCUGAAGAGCAAACCAGGUCCUGGUCCUCUCCACGGGCACGCAGCCUGUCGACUGCCAAGUUGCAUGCUCAUUUUCGGUGGUGAGAGCGGUGGGCUUGCGACCAACGAGCUCUGGCGUUUCCACUUCGGCACAGAAGCCUGGGAGCGCCUCCUGGUGCCGGGGCCGAAGCCCCAGCCGCGAGCCGAAAGUGUGGCCCUAGCAGUGUCAGAACUAGUCAUCCGUGGGAAUGGUGUGCAGGAGAAUCAGCGGUCGAAGGGCCCCCGCAAGCCGCGAUUUUCCCUCGCGGGAAUCGCGAACGACGAGUGCCAGACGCCUGGCAACAGCACGAGGCCAAGCUUCCUCCGGGAAAUCUCGAAACUCUCGCAGAUCAAUCUCUCCCGACUCAGUCAUCCCAACAAAUGCAGCUACUCCGUCCUGAGCGGUCAGGAGGACCACGAGGACGAGCACAAUCACAAUCAGUAUUCCCAAGAAGCUAACUCCUACUAUCCGUUCCAACAAGUAGACGCUGAACUGGCCGAAACGAGCCUCAACAGUCGAAUGGUCAAAUCGAGAAGUGCCAACGCGUUGGCCAGAAGACGACAGAAAAACUUCGCCAAUAAUCCAAGUUCUUCGUUCAACAAUGAUUCUUACGACUCACAACUGCGUAGUAGUAAUAGGAUGACGAGGGAACCAAUAUCCGUGCCAAAUUUCCGAGCCCUAACCCUUCCAACUCCGGUGUUGACGCCGGUGGAAGCUGCCAGACUGGUGUUCGUCGAUCCCGAUGAGGACAGUGAUAACGAGCGCGAGGGACGACAGGACUCCCGAAAGCCCGAUGUCUCGACAAGACUCAUCGAUGUUGAGGAGGAGCGGGGGGAUUUUGAGACGCUCCAUCAAGCCUGUCAGCCGACCAGAGGCGAAAGCUACAGUUCCCACCUGUACGAAGCUGUUCAGAGCCCGAAGACACCGACAACAAGGCUUCCGACUUCGGCGUCAGUUCGCUUCGCUGAUCUCGAAGAGGGCGAGGAGUCCACAUCGGAUUAUGCCAGCAUAGAAGCGAGGAGUCCCGGUGAUCCGCUGGAUGACUUUUGCCUGGAGAAACACGACUCGAGGAAGAAGUCGAGCAAACAUCGGGCGCCGACGAUACGCGAGGGUCAAUUCGGCUUCUGCAAUCCAAAUUAUCUCGGGUUGGAGACCAAUGAAGAUGCCAAAUUCGCCAAGAUUCUUAAUAGUCCGCCGGACAGUGUUCUGGAGGACGCGCCCGGGCGUUCGGCGUCUCAAACGUUCGCGGAACUUCUUGAGCUUCAGGAGAUGAAGCAACCGAGAGCACCACCCAAGAGUCUCCCUCUUGGGUCAACGUCACCUUCGAGGAGGGCUGUCAGUGCUUCACGAGCUGAACGUCAAAAGGCUAAACUUGUUGCCAGUCAGACACCUCUGACACCCGCUCCUCUCUACGUUUUCUUGAUCGGUGGCAGGGAAAAGGGACAAGUCACGGUUUUCGCGAGACCUGUGUCCUUGUGGAAAUUGCAACUGGCGCCAAAUAUUUUUUAAGUCUUGUAUGUUUUUCUCCCGAGGGGGUGGCCAUUUCGGGUUUUGAAGACUGUCAAAUGAUUUGGAAAAGUCUCAGAUUUCUUUUUCAACUUUUCUUUUCAGAACAUGCAAAUAAAAUUGCGUCAUCUUCAAUUGGCGGACAGAAAAUGACAAAAUUUCCUAGGAAAAGCUCUAGGUUUUCCUACUGAAUUUCCUCACACGAUUGCCUCCUCGGAUUUUCCAUGAUUCGUACGUCUCAUUAUCGUGUAGUAAUCGUGAUUAAAGUAUCCGGGUCCUGUCCCCUACUUUGCAUUUAUUAUUAUUACAAAACUCUUAAUGACAUCUACAACUCAUUAAUUGUCGUUUGAUCGUGCCGGUAGCUCCAGUCAAUUUGGCUGGGAACCAAAAAACCCAAAGAAAUAAUUUAAGUCAUGAGAGAAAAUAUGGGAUUGUGAAAAUACUCGAUAUCACAGUAUCGGAAUCUGUACAAAUGCAGUGCUGAGCUGAAUACUCAUCACGACUUUGGGGAUGCUUGCAACUAUAAAUGAUAUAAAAGCCCAAAAACAUGAAUGAGUAAUGAAUAGUAUUCGUAGAGGCCAAGUACACGAAAACUUCAUAUUUUCAAGGAAGACGAUGGUUUCAUAAAAAAUAGGAUUGCGCGAGUAGACGAGGAUGACAAUGUACGAAAAACCAAGUAUUAUAUUAAAAUGUAAUCAUUCUAGUGUAGGCGUAUACUCAGUACUGCGUGGGGAGAAAUAUUAAAUCUUGUACCUAAUGCAUUCGUUCAUGUACACAUUGGGAUUACUAUAAUUAAUAAUUUUUAUAUAACUCAUUUCUUUCGAUGAAUGUGAGAUAUGUAGGAUUGAGAGAUGGUCGAGUUCAUAUUGAACUUUGUAGCUUGGAAUACGGGAGGAGUAUUAGAUGUCCUAUGGAGCAGAUUAAAAAUCAAAUGUUCAACACGUGUGGGAAAAUUAUGAGGCCUCGGAGGUAAAAGAAAAAUUGUGCCAUGAAUUCUCAGCCAAAAGGCGACGGAAAAAUCUGAAAGAUCGCUUAAAAAAAUGGUUUAUUUUGUAGAAAUCGAAUGGAGUGAUCUGAGGGUGAUUUGAAAGGAUCAAAUAAUUUUGAGAAAUGUUUAAAAACCCGAAGUGAAGUCGCCGCCAUCUUUGACGCCCCUUGCGUCGGAGGGGGGAAGCAGGCACAACAGAUGGCGCUUGACCUCAUUUCAUCCAGAUUGCGCGGCGCAAUAUUUUUCCAAACCAUUAGGUUCUCUCUUCGAUUUUCCAAUAGAUUUUUUAAAUAAAUCUUUGAAAAAAUUUUAAAAAAUGAAAUUUUUAAAAAAUCCUACAGAAAAAUAAAA